GUCUAAUCUACUUUGAACAAGUGUGUGUUUCAUAUACUAGCCCCGGCUCCUUUCCCCCUCCAUGCCGAACAAUCCCUGCCUCUUCCCCGGACCUAUAUGCCUCGGCAUCCCCGCAAUCACUAGCCGGAGAUAGGUCAACUCGUCCGAACUACCGGACCUCGUUGUUUUAAAUCGAACUUCUUGUCCAUUGCUCGACCAGGGAAAACCAACGUUCGUAUUCUUCAUUUUAAUUAACCUGGUUGAAAGUUGUGCGAUAUUCGCCUUUUGAAUUGCUUGAUACGCAUCUGAGAGUCCUUCUCCUGCCUAUUGGACAAACGCGAUGGCCGACGAAACUGCCCUCCAUGACUUUCCAUCCCUCUUCUCCCUCAAGGGCAAAGUCGCCGUCGUGACGGGUGGCUCGCGUGGUCUGGGUCUGAAUGCAGCAUCGGCCUUCCUCCAAGCCGGCGCCUCCAAAGUCUUCAUCACCUCCCGUAAAUCCAGCGCCUGCGACACCGCUGUGUCCAAACUAAACUCCCUCCCGAAUCUGCAACCAGGCGCCCUCGCCAUCUCCGUCCCUGCCGACAGCUCCACCAUCGCAGGCAUCGAGUCCCUCCUCGCCCAAGUAUCACAACACACCGAUCACGUCGAUAUCCUCUUCGCCAACGCUGGCGCCACGUGGGGCGAAUCCUUCGACAAGCACCCGGACUCGGCCUUUGCGAAAGUCAUGGACUUGAACGUGAAAUCCGUCUUCACUACCAUCCGGCUCUUUGCUCCUUUGUUACAGAAAAACGCGAGUAUCGACGAUCCCUCGCGGGUAGUAAUCACCGCUAGUGUGGCCGGAUUGGGCAUUGGCACGCUGGGGAAGCAGGGGACGUACGGUUACAGUGCUUCGAAGGCGGCGGUGAUCCAUUUGGGACGAAAUCUGGCGGUCGAGUUGGGGCCUAGACAUAUAACGGUGAAUAGUAUCUGUCCCGGAUUCUUCCCGACUAAGAUGUCGAAUGGGUUGCUGGAUUUGACUGGGGGGUACGAGGCGCAUGCGAGGGAGAACCCGAUGAAGAGACUUGGGAAGCCCGAGGACAUUGCUGGGAUUGUGGUUUAUUUGAGUAGUCGUGCUGGGGCGCAUGUGAAUGGGGCUGCGAUUGAGCUUGACGGGGGUGCCUUGUGGAAUAGGGGGCAGUUGUCUGAAGUGGGUUCCAAGUUGUGAAUUAGUGUACGAGCUCGAACAAAGUCUUGGAGUGGUUUGAGGUGACACGGCUGGAUGUGCGUCUCGAUUGAAGCUCAUGCUCAAUGUAUAAAUAUGCGGUAUCAGAAUGCGUCU